AUGCACAGUGACUGCGGGACCAACUUUAUUGGAGCGUCACGGUUGAUGGAUCCCCUUCAUGAACUUACGCAUUCCCAACUAUUUCAAGACAGUGUUCAUCGCCACCUUGCCAAUCAUUAUAUAACUUGGCACUUCAACCCUCCAGCAUCUCCACAUUUUGGUGGUUUAUGGGAAGCAGGAGUCAAGUCCACUAAAUCAUUAAUCCUUCGAUCAAUUGGCAUCCACAAAUUGACCAGUGAAGAAUUCCUAACACUGCUCACCCAGGUUGAAGCGACCUUAAACUCACGCCCGUUAUGUGCACUCAGCAACGACCCAGAUGAUUUCGAAGCGUUGACACCUAGUCAUUUUUUGACUCUAGAACCUUCGACGUCACUUCCUGACCCAAGUCUAGUCAAUGUUCCGAUGUCGAAAUACCAACGAUGGCGAUUAAUCACAGAUCUACACCGACAUUUUUGGACACGAUGGAAGAACGAGUACCUUAGUAGCAUUCGAAUUAGGAAAAAAUGGUCUGCACCCGGUCAGGAACUCCGUAUUGGUGACCUUGUCCUUGUCAGGGAGUCGACACAUCCUCUUCGUUGGCAAACUGGAAGAAUUCGUGAACUCCAUCCUGGCUCAGACGGAAUCUCCAGAGUGGCCACCCUCGACACUUCAUCUGGACCAUUGAAACGCCCAGCUGUCAAACUCUGUCCACUCCCAAUCUCUUGA